AUAAAAAAAUAGGUAAUACACCACUAGGAUAGCCAAUGAUAACACGUAUUAAUAAAUUAACGUCCUAUGGAGAAUUCACGUUUAUAUCAAAGGAAAGUUCUGUGACGAGGUAAAACAUUGAUUAAGAGCAAAAUAACUAUCGAUUUUGUAUCCGAAGGUAGUCAAAUGUUGUGGCCUUCUGUGAUUAGAUGCAUAACCUAAGAUUCGGGUGAAAUAUAAACGACUGACAACUUCCGCUAAACCAAUAUAUUCAGCUCGAAAUUCUCCUUAUCUCAUAUGCCGUUUGCCAUGCGCAGUAAGGUUCAGCGCAGGUGCCUAACCGUUCAUUAUAAAGUGUUGAAUAAGCGAUGUAAAAAAUAAAGCUUGAUAGCUGUGAUUAAAGACAAAACAGUGUUUGGUUUUCUCACUAGCUUAUUUAACGCUGUCAAAAGAAUUACCGCUUCUUUGAAUCGUGUAUAUAAGACGAAGCUCGAUUGCAACGUCUUAAUGAAUUCAACUAUUGACGGUAAUACAGAAGAAGCAAAUCUAUUUAUGGUCCAAAAAAAAAAGUUAAAACAAACUAUGUCUUGGUAUUCUGAAAUGAAAUCGCUACACAUCACUCAAGACCUUUUACGUAGCGUACUUUACGGGAAAUGGUGCAACACCUUCGGAAACGAACGAGAAUUGACGUUCAAGCACGAUUCUGUUUUUCGAAGUACAGGUAUCUACAGCUCAGAAAACGCUCGUCGCGAGGCCCAAGUCAAUAUUUCCCGUUUUUCGUGCAGGGAGCUAUUGACAUCAUUAAAAACGUCCGAAACAAAAUGUGAAGAUUACAUGGCAUAUAUCUCCCUUCCAGAACAAGUCUAUCUGAGCUCUUCCUCAGUCCCCGGAGUGAGACACGGUAUUUUUACAAGUUGUUGGAUUAAAGAGGACACGCAUAUGGGUCCAUUCACGGGACGUGUCUUGCAAAAAGAUGAAAUAGACUUGAAAAAAGACAAUAAUUUCAUGUGGGAGAUUCUUAAUGAGAACGGAGAAGUAAGUCAUUUUGUUGAUGGAAAAAAUGAAACGCCAAGAAACUGGAUGUGUUUUGUUAACUGCGCAAGAAACGAACAGGAACAAAAUCUAGACGUUUUUCAGCACGGAAAAUGUAUUUUUUAUCGUGCAACGAAAGAUAUACCUCCAGAGCAAGAGCUCUUGGUGUGGUACGGUCCGAGUUAUGUUCAGUUUCUUGGAAUACCGGGCAUACCACCGAUUAUAGAACGAAAUCGUAGACGCAGACAUUACGAAGAUCAAAUGAAAGAAUGCUCUUCAGAAAACAAUGGACGAUUAAAAUGUCAAAUUUGUAGUCGUCGUUUCAACUCUCGCAGUAACCUCCGUUCACAUAUGAGAAUUCACACGCAAGAAAAACCCUUUCAUUGCACAUACUGCGACAAAUCAUUUUCUCAAUCUUCCACAUUACGUAAUCAUACAAGAUUACACACAGGUGACAAACCGUAUAAAUGUACAGUAUGUCAAAUUGCGUACUCACAACUCGCAGGAUUGCGGGCUCACCAGAAAUCAGCGCGUCACAGACCAGAGGUAUUGAGUAUUAAAAACAAUCUUAUAAUCACUAAUGGUCAGCGGUGUUAAGACCUGACUCUAAAGCUGAAACGUUACAAGAAGCUAUGGUCAGCAGUUUUCAGACUUGUCUCUAAAGCAGAAACCUUUAGGGGGGAGGGUGAAGGGUGUAAAGGGGGGAAGGGGGUGAAGGGUUAAAGCAUGUAAAGGGUGUAAUGGGGAUGAAGAGUGUAAAAGGGGGCGGAGGAUGACAAUAAUCUGUUACGAUUUAAUAUUGUAAAUCAUAUUAAUAUUGUGAUGAGUUCAUCGCAA